UCUCACUCUCUCUUUCUCUCCCUCUCUCUCUCCCCUUUUCUCUCCCACUGCGAUUCAGUUUAAUCUUUCCGGGGAGUGGCAGUUUGGUCUUGAGCUCCUCAUCUCAAGAUUCAAUCAAUAUUUCAUAGUCCUUUGAACAUCAUUGGUUGUCAGCUCCUCCAAGAAUCCAGACAGACAGCAUGGAGAAGGGUCAGCAGUAUGGAGGUCAGAAUGGACCCCCCCAGGACCAGGCCAGUCCCCCCUACCCCGGCCCCCCGUUGAGCUACGGCUUCCAGGGAGCUCCCCAACCUGGCAUUCACCCUUCAACUCCGCAGUAUGGCAUGGCACAACCUGGAGUCGCCCCUGGCAUGACCCCAGUAGUGGUGGUACAGCAGCAGCUGCCCAGAGACGUGCCGGGACAGAUGACGUGUCCUCAGUGUCGGGUCCAGGUCCUCACGGAGUCGACGCACACUUCUGGACUGCUCACAUGGGUCGUUUGUGGAGCCCUGGGACUGUUCCUGUGCUGGCCGUGUUGUUUCAUUCCGUUCUGCGUCGACUCCUGCAAGGACGUGGAACACCGCUGCCCCAACUGCAAGAACGUCAUCCACCUCCACAAACGCUUGUGAACGUGCCUUCACCAGGCGCUGGCCACCAAGUGAUCCAAAUCUUUUUAAAUGUGGAUUUGAUUCGUCAAAAGACCAAUUCGUGUAAACUCAGCCAACGUGAUCCCUGCUUCCACAAAGUGCAAGCCCAGCCCGGCUCACAGACACUGCUGCCACAACGUGAUCCCCAUCCACAGCUAGCCCAGCCCGGCCCAAAGACACUGCCGCCACAAAGUGAUCCAGCAGUUUCUGUGUGCCGGGCUGGGCUACCAAGUGAUGCCUCAAAGUGAUCCACGUCCACAGAUAGCCCAGACACAACUGCCACGAAGUGGUCUUUACGUAUACGAAUCGAUCACUAAUUUAUCACUAAUACAUCUAGGACACCUUCACUUGCUGAGCCGUGGUGUUUCAUAUUUCCCACCACAACACAUACACACAUAGAACCAUAACGCAGCCCCCUUGUGAGACAAUCUGGUCCUGUUCUUGAUACUAGUCUGCAGUGAUUGUGUGUGCACUCGUCUGUGUGAUUUUGUUGUGUGUACGUGUGUGUGUGUGUGUGUUUGUGUGUGUGUAGGCUCUGCAAAAAAAAAUUGAAAAUUGUGACUGUGCUUUCUUUUUAAAGUGAUUAAAGCUGUAAAAAAAUGUAACCGCAUCAAUCACAUUUAUCAGUCAAUGAUAUAAUCAUCAGUCAGAAUUUAUGCAAAGAUUGACUGGUCAUCCAUGAUAGGAUGUUUAUUAACAUUUCUGGUGAACUAAACCAAAGUCACAAGGCAUUUACAAGAUCAAUGGGUUUGUAUAUUCACUUCUAAUUCAGUAAAAAAUAGCUGGAGAUUAAUUGAACUGCAGAUUUGUCAUUCUUGAAAUAUUGUAGAGCCAUUUCUUUGACUUUUAAACUAAGAGGUUUCAAAAGAGAUGUUUGAAAUGUUGUACUAUCAACUGUAUUGUGUUUUAAUUCAAUGUACAAAUAUUAGAAGCAUAUAUGUAAAAUUUGGUAAACAGAAAAUACAGACGAUUAUGGACAA